AUGCAGGAGACUAACGCCUUCCUGCUGUCGGCCCUGCAGCCCGAGGCCGGUGUCUGCUCCCUGGCCUUGCCCUCGGACCGGCAGCUGGACGAGCGUGGCCGGGAGGCGGCCGAGGCCCAGCGGCUGCGCAGCGCCCGUGUCCAGGAGCAGGUCCGCAUCCGCAUGAUGCUGCGGGGGCAAGCGCCCGCCCGCCCCGAGGAGCUCGCCGACGGCACCAGAGGUGGUCACUACAGCUCGACCCUGCGCUCCUCCUUCAGCUCCCGCUCCCAGAGCAAUGGUGUGGACGCCAAAGCCUCGCUGUACCAGCCGCUGGCCAAGAAGGAUUUUGGCACGCUGCGGGGCAGCGGCUGGUCCUCGCGCUCCGCCGUGGACCUCACCCCGCACAAGCGCAUGGCCACCAUCAGCAACGGGGGCCUGGCCAAGGGCCGCGCCUACGCCGCCGGCUACGCGGCCUCGCAGGUGGCCACCGCCUCGCCGCGGCCUAGCUCCUUCCACGAGCGCAACUUCCGCUGCCGGCAGAACCUGGACACGCUGUCGCUGCGCUCCCUGCGCCUGGCCGACGGGCACCUCCCGCUCGCCGAUGACCGCUACAGCGUCCUGUCGGAGCAGCUGGACGCGCCGGGGCACCGGCAGCUCUACAAGAGCCAGGCUGGCGGCGGAUUCGGCCGCUCCUUCACCUUCGAGCGGCAGCUGAGCUCCGGCACGGCCGGCAAGGCUGGCUGCGACUGGCUGGACGGUGCCGAGGGGCCGCCGAGCCGCACCAUCCGUGCGCCCGCCAUGCGCACGCUGCAGCGCUUCCAGAGCAACAACCGCUCGCGGCUGAGCACCGGCUCCUUCGGCACGGUGCCGGCCGCAGGCAGCGGCGCCUUCCUGGGGCUGGGGGAGCACAGCUCCCGCGCCCCCUCCGUGCGCAGCCUGGCCGAGUCCGGCCAUCACCUUGCGGAGCCGCGCGCCAUGGAGAUGUACAAUGGGCACAGCACGCUGCUCGGACACCACGCCGGCGGGUUUGAUGACAUCGACCUGCCCUCAGCAGUGAAGUACCUGAUCGCCAGCGACCCCAACCUGCAGGUGCUGGGCGCUGCCUACCUGCAGCACAAGUGCUACAGUGACAGCAGUGCCAAGAAGCAGGCCCGCAGCCUGCAGGCCAUGCCCAAGCUGGUGAAGCUGUUCAACAGCCCGAACCAGGAGGUGCAGCGCCACGCCACCGGCGCCAUGCGCAACCUCAUCUACGACAACGCCGAGAACAAGCUGGCUCUGGUAGAGGAGAAUGGCAUCUACGAGCUCAUGCGCACCCUGCGGGAGCCCGACGACGAGCUCCGCAAGAACGUCACAGGGAUCCUGUGGAAUCUGUCCUCCAGCGACAACCUGAAGGAUCGCCUGGCCCGGGACACGCUGGAGCAGCUUACAGACCUGGUCCUGGUCCCUCUCUCUGGGCUGGGGGGCUCGGGUGUCAUCCAGCAGAACCCCUCAGAGGCAGAAAUCUUUUAUAACUCCACAGGCUUUCUCAGGAACCUGAGCUCUGCCAGCCAGCAGACCCGGCAGAAGAUGCGUGAGUGCCACGGGCUGGUGGACUCUAUGAUCCACUACGUGAACAGCUCCCUGGAGGUGGGGAAGUCGGAGGACAAGAGUGUGGAGAACGCUGUCUGUGUCCUGCGCAACCUCUCCUACCGCCUGUACGACGAGAUGCCCCCGUCCUCGCUCCAGCGCCUCGAGGGCCACCGGAGGAACGCGGGCGGCACGGUGACGGGGGAGCUGGUGGGCUGCUUCAGCCCCCAGAGCAAGAAAGCCCGUGAGCACUACCUGAACGCGGACAUCGUCACCUUCACGGAGGUCUCCAAGGACCCCAAGGGCAUGGAGUGGCUCUGGAACCCGCAGAUCGUGGGCAUCUACAACCGGCUGCUGCAGCGCUGCGAGCUCAACAAGCACACGACGGAGGCGGCCUCGGGCGCCCUGCAGAACAUCACAGCCGGGGACCGCAGGUGGGCGGGUGUGCUGAGCCGGCUGGCGCUGGAGCAGGAGCGCAUCCUGAACCCCGUGCUGGACCGCGUCCGCACCGCUGACCACCACCAGCUGCGCUCCCUCACCGGCCUCAUCCGCAACCUGUCCCGCCAUGCCCGCAAUAAGGAUGAGAUGUCCACCAAGGUGGUCAGCCACCUGAUCGAGAAGCUGCCAGGGAGUGUUGGGGACAAGGCUCCGCCUGCCGAUGUCAUCGUGAACAUCAUCGCGGUGCUCAACAACCUGGUGGUGGAGAGCCCCAUGGCCGCCCGUGACAUCGUCUACUUUGACGGCCUCAGGAAGCUCUUCUUCAUCAAGAAGCGGCGGGACAGCUCGGACAAUGAGAAGUCCUCCCGAGCUGCUGCCAGCCUCCUGGGGAACAUGUGGCAGUACACCAAGCUCCACCGGGACUUCAAGAUGAAGGGGUACCGGAAGGAGGACUUCCUCAGCCUGUGA